AUGGAUGGAGGUGCUUCGGUCCCUGACAGCCCCUCCAGGUGGAGCUCGGACAGUUUCCUCGCGCUCUUUGCCUUUUGGCUUCAUUCAGUCUCCACCUGCUUCUCUGGGGACGCGGACAAACUUUGCGUCCCCGUCGGGCUCACUUUGCUCUCUGCUCUGCUGCUGCUGCUGUCAUGUCUGCUGAUUGUGUGCCAAAGGUGCAACUUUCGAGGUGAAUAUUCUGGGGAGUCCAUCAUGAUGUUUUACAGCUUCCUGGGUAACCUGUGCAGCUCAGUAGGAGCCGUCCUUUCCGGACAGCUGCACAUACAGGUUUUCAUGGCUGUGUUUGCAGCUGGGAUGGAUGCUGUGAGCUGCGUUUCAUGUUGCCUCCCUGUGUGCCUGUGUUGGAACUCAAAAACACAGACGAGGCUAAGCGUGGCUAAGAAGCGCAGGAGGCAGCACCUUUUGGCUGUGGGCGUGCUGAUGGUGGUUGCAGGAGGUUUCCUGAAGUCCGGAGAAGACGACCCUCCAGAGUCCAGGCCCUUCAGAGGGAGAAGGCUUCUGCAUGCCCCCAUGCAAACCUCCACAUGGAGUUUGGUGGACAACAGUGUAAUCCUUGGUUACACUUUGGGGCUGCUGUCUCUUGUUAUUGCCCUGACCUCCAGGUUCCCUGCACUCUGCAGAGCAAGGAGAGGACAAGCCUUCACUCAGGCAAAUGUUUUCUCUGGACUCCUGUCCUCUCUGUCUGGUGCCCUCUACACUGCAGCCAUCCUCCUCAGUGACGCUCGGUUUGGAUUUCUGAUCCGAGUUCUGCCGUGGCUUCUCUCAUCAGUCAGCUGUGCUGCCCUGGACCUGCUCAUUUUACUUCUCCACGGGUGCAAGAGAGGAAUCAAGCAGACGAUCAAAAUUUCGUCUGACACAGAGAGCCUGUUGGGCAGUGCAGCUGUUCACGCUGAGGAUGCUGCGCUCGUGAAACAGACAUCAGCACAAACAAAAUAUUAUCUAUUUUCCUCAAAGACAAAGAAUUUCCUGAAGCUGACUGAGAUGGGUGGCUACAUGGAUGUCAGUGUCCAACCUGCAAGAAAACAAAUGUCCCCUCAAGAAGUGACAUUAUCUAAAGGAGGUUCUGAGGGUGGAUCUCUUCAGAGAAAGGUCCGAGUGGACAGCCGUUGCUCUUCAGAUACAUCCUACGACUCGUCACCUGUCAGCUCUGAUCUGGAGUGGGAUUUUGAAGCUGCUAUUUCACAGUGGAGUAAACCAGCAGCAAAACCACAGGAGGGGGACGAGUUUCCCCUUCAGGACUGGCCGACAAAGUCCAAACCCUUCAAAGUCUGCAUUUGCUCCAUGUCUGAACGGCCACAGAAAACUCUGUGUGCCAAGAACAAGAGCGGCUCUGCUGUGGGUUGA